UUUCUCAUCCACACUUUCGUUGAAUUUGGUCAUCGUUUAAGGGUGUUACACUCUUUGAAAACAGGUACCGAUACUGAUGUACCGGGUUGUCGGUAUAUUUGUAACAAGGGCAAUAAAAUGAUGAAUCAAUUUUUGCAACUUUUGCAUAUUUAAGGAACUCUGAAUCGAGGAACGAAGUUCGAAUGUGAUUUGUCCAGUUUCGUUGUGUGUGAAAAGCGAAAAAAAAAAAUUCUUUCAAGUGUGAAAUUUCGUGAGAAUAAUAUCUCAAGAAAAAAUGUCUGCGAAACAAACAAUUCAGGUGUGGCUUCAUUUCUCCAAACCGAAUGGAGAAAAAAGAGUGAAGUGUUUGUAUUGUGGUCAGCAGUUAUCGGUGUUGAAUAAUUCUACAGGCCCUUUGAUCCGACAUUUAUCGAGGAAGCAUCCUACCCAACAAUUGAUAAGGCGGUCGUCACCGCAGAUUACGACAGAAAGAAGGGAAAUAAGUGCUUCCAGUUCCUCCACAUCCGCAACUGAAACGGUUCCUGCAGCAGCAUCAUUACCACUAGCAAACCGAAAUAUUUCGCAAGCAGUUGGCACUACAACGCGCCCUGUUUAUGAAUAUUUCACUAGACCUCUGCCUAGCUCAAAACAAAGGGAAAUAGAUAGACAAUUAAUAUCUAUGAUUACUAAAGAAUAUCAUCCUUUUAGUUUGGUGGAGGAUGAAGAAUUCAAAAAACUAGUGAAAUUAUUGAGUCCUAGUUAUAAUUUACCGACUAGGCAAACUGUGUCGCAUGCUCUAAUACCAACAAUCUAUAAAGAGACUGUCGACAUUGUGGAGUCGCGGCUAGCGAGAGCUUCGGCUAUAUGCCUAACUAUGGAUGGGUGGUGUUCAAGGAAUAAUGACAGUUUUUUCAAUAUUACUGCCCAUUAUAUUGUUGAAGAUAAUGAUAGGACAUUUUUAUCCUCCGAUUUGUUGGGGUGUGAUUCAUACACAGACAGACAUACGGGGGAAAAUAUCUGUGAAAAAAUCAAUCAGACUCUGUCCAGAUUGAAAAUUGAUAACAGAAUUGCAGCCAUCGUCACAGAUAAUGCCUCCAAUAUGAAGCUGGGAGUGAGAACAGGUGGUUGGUGUCAUUGGGGUUGCUUUGCACAUUCCCUCAACCUGAGAACCCAAUCUGGUUUGAAGGAAAAAGAGGUGCAGGUUGUGGUGGACAAAAUCAAAGCCAUUGUUCGAUAUUUCCACAAAAGUAGUCAUGUUUUGGUAAAAAUUAAAGAAAUGCAGGAACGGUUGGGGCUUCCAAUUUGGAAGCUGAAAAAUGAUGUACCAACAAGAUGGAAUUACACCUAUGACAUGAUUAGACGUGUGUUAUCCAUGAAGAAUGCAUUGAUAUCUACGGUUGCAAUGAUGAAUUGUUGCAAUGUUGAGAUGUUGAGCAAUGAAGAAUGGGCCAUCGCCGAACAAUCAAUGGAUAUCCUUUCAAUGUUCGACAUGGUUACGAAAACCAUCAGUGCACAAAAAAGUGUAACCUUGUCUUCACUUAUAAUUUAUUAUACGAAGCUGUCUAGACAUCAAAGUUCAACGAAUUCCUCAAAUUUAUUGCUCCCGGUGGAAAAUUUGAGGCAUAAAUUAUCAAUGGAGCUAUUGAAGAGAUUUGGUGACAUCGAAGAUAAUGAAUUGGUGUCACAAGCUACAAUCUUGGACCCCCGAUUCAAGAAGUUCGGUUUCAACGACCUAUCGAGAUACAAUAAAACCGUUCAAAGUAUGUACCACAAGGUGGCUAAUAUAAAAUGUGAUGAUAUCACAACAUCUGAUUUACAAGAAAAAUCAGCUGAUGUCGAGAAGAAUCCGAAAACGGAUAAAUAUAGUGCUUUAUAG